UGAGGGAGGGGUCCCCGCCCGCCCGCGGGGUCCUGGGGAAAACGCAGCGGGGCCGGGUAGCUCGGACCAAGCGGAGACUGAAGCCCGGGCGGCGCGGCCGGUGGGCGAGGCCGGCGCCGGACCGCCCGGGCCGGGGGCGGGGCAGACGCUGCGCGGGGCGCAGGAACUGGGGCCGGCGGAGGGGCGCGCGGGGCCCCCGGCCUGGGGCGGGUGGCAUCUGAGCCGCAGGGGGCAGAGCCGGGCCGGGCGGGGCGGGCUUGGGCACAGAGGGGCUAGCUUACCCCUGCCCGGGCCGGAGCCCGCGCCCGGGCCCCCGGGUCCCGCCCCUCCCCGUCGCCCCUCCCUCCCCGGCCCCCUCGCCCCUCCCUCCCCGGCCCCCCGCCCCUCGCGGCCCCCGCCAGGCCGCGGCCUCCGCGCGCCAUUCCUGCCGCUGCGCGUCCCGCCAGCCGCGCGCUUCGGCCAUGGCGGGCCUGGGGCUGCGACCGGCCAAGGGCUACCGAGUGGUGCUGCUGGGCAGCGUGGCGGUGGGCAAGACGGCGCUCGCCACGCAGUUCGCCUGCGGCAGCUUCCCGGAGCAGUGCGAGCCGUCGGUGGAGGAGCUCUUCAGCAAGGUGAUCGAGGUGAACGCGGCGCCCGCCCUGCUGGAGAUCGUGGACACGGUGGGCGCCGAGCACCUGGUCACCCUCAAGGACCUGUACAUCAAGAACAGCGACGGCUUCGUGGUGCUCUACAGCGUCUGCAGCGAGGCCUCGUUCGAGGCGGUGCGGCCGCUGCGCGAGCGCAUGGGCCGGCUGCGGGGGCCCAAGGCCGUGCCUCUGGUGCUCGUGGGCACCAAGGCCGACCUGGACGCCCAGCGCCAGGUGCUGACGGCGCAGGGCCGCGCGCUGGCCCGCGAGUGGCGGUGCCCGUUCCUGGAGGUCACGGCCAAGAGCAAACUGAUGGUGGACCAGGUGUUCACGCAGGUGGUGCGCGAGAUGGAGGCCCUGGCCCCGCCCGAGGAAGUGGUUCCAGCGGUCCCCACCAACGCGCAGGAGACGUGGCCGUCGGAAAGAUUCAUCGGCUGACGCGCGGCGGUUCCUCUUGCCUGUAUUCAUCGCUUUUCGUGAUUUCUGAAGCUCCCUUUGCUCCUCUGCCUUUUUAAAGAAAGUUAUUCAGCUGUAAACAAGUGGUUACUUCUAUAUAUUGACUCAAAUCCGUGCCUCAGACUGUCCACAGAGCUUCUUAAAUAUUUGUCGAGAACUUUGCAACUGUAUUUACUUCUGACAGUGCUGGGAGGAGAAACCAAAAAUCAAUUUUUUACCUCCUGUAUGAAGAAAGGCUACCCUUUUCUUCAGUGGAAUUUGUUACAGGAUUUUUGUUUUGGUGAUAAUUAACACCUUCCAGUGUCAUCUGACGUUUGAUAUUGAUUGAGGAACAUGAACUGAAGUUUCAGCUUUCCAUUCCAUGAGGCUCUGAUGUGUUUCCCUCUCAUUUACAGCCUUGAAUUGCAGUAGUAUUUUGCUCUCUGCGUACUUCUAAAUAUAGUUAUGACAUACAUAGCCAUGGUUUGAAAGGGAUACUGUAUACUCUGGGAGGGGAAAAUCAACUGUGUACUCGGGCAGAGAUAGCUCAGCUCUGCCUUCAGUUUUCUAAUUGACACCUAGUUGAUUUCUACAUCUGUCGAUCUGUGAAUAUAUGUGUGUCGAUAAAGUGAAAAUAAAAUGACUUUAGAAGUC